AUGAAGCCAGUAAAGCAUCUGUUGGCAUCUAGUAGUAAAUUGGCAAAUGUUCCAGAAUUAACAUAUAAAAAAGGAGUAUUUAAUUCACCAUUGUCACCUAAACCAAAGGAAAAACAUAGUGCAAAAUUAGUACGUGAUAAACUUGAACCAGUGGUCUUAAGAUCUCCACCAACAGGGGAAUCCAUCAUAAGGUAUGCUUUACCCAUUCCAUCAAGUAGGACAAAGGAGUCAAUAGCAGAAGAUGAAUUGAUCAGGAAAAUUACCAAACAUCUGAAGAUGGUUGUUUCUACUUUGGAAGAAACCUAUGGAUUUAGCAUUCCAAGUGGAGAAGAACCAGUUGUGAAGCCUGAACAUGAAGGAUUAACCUUUCCUGUUGGGGAUGAUCUGAAUUCAUUCUUGGUAUGUUGUUCACAAUUUGCAGCUCAGUUAGAAGGAGCAGCUAAGGAAGAACAUAAUAUUUUGGAAUCUCUUUUUAAGUGGUUUCAGCAACAGGUCAAUCAGAUGGAAGAGAUAAGUAAAGGUCAAACUUUUUCAGCAGAGUUUCCAGCACCUGAUAAAACAGUCAGUUUAAGCAUUGCACAAAUAGUAAAGCAGGUGCACAAACUUGAAGAACUGAAAAAUCGCCUUAAAGAAGGGUCUAAAUUCUCUUUCAAAGACAUGUCAUCUAAACCCAAGGAUAGUGAAAUUCCACCAGAAGAAGUGCAAACUUAUGAAACUGUACAGCAGAAAAUUGAAGAAUUCAUAAAAACACACUCAACUGAAGAAAUUACAGGUGUUUCUGCGACUGAGCCACUGGAAACUUCUACAAUGACUAAUCAAUUGAAUACCAUGUUGAAAAUAUUUGAAAAUCAGGCAAAUAAAUUAGAGAGAGCUAUGAAUGAGCAAGUUUUGUUAGAGGCUAAAAACACACAGAUUCAAAGUGACCUCCAGUUGUUGUCAGAGGAGAAACUGAUGCUGGAAAAUGAACUACAAAAAUUGAAGAGUACAGAGAAAACAAAGGCUACAAGUGAGCGACAAAAGAAAACUAUGAAAAUGGAGAAGAAAAAAGACGAAGGAAUAUCUGAAGAUUCAGAAGAGAAGAAGACUAUAGUGAAAGAGCUUGAAGUAAAAGAAGAUAUACCUCAAGUCCAGAAAGUAGCACAUGCUCUGAAAAUCGAGAACAGAGUUCUUCGGGAACAACUGAAACAAGCUUUACAGGAAGCUGAAAGAGCUAAGGAGCAACUUGGCUAUUUCCAAGAUCAAGAAAUGGAGUUACUUAAAAGUGAGGGAAAGACCAAGACAACAACAGAAAUGGGUAUUGAUAAAAUAAAAGUUAAAGGUGAAGAUUCAAAAUAUAUACCAUUGGAGAAAGACACAAGAAAAACACUAGUGGCAGAUUCAGGUGGACAAAAAGAAAAUGAUAAAAUUAAGCAUCCACAGAUCCUCAAGUCUCAAGAUGGAUCACCUUUUUUAAACACUUCAAAUGAAAUUUUAACUGAUGAAGAUCUGUCCCAUCUACUUUCAUCAAAGACCCAUGAUAAAUCACUUACAAGAAUAUUAUUGAGCAAAGAAAUUCAAGAUUCACAGUCUGUUGGAACAUUGCUUCAAGGGAAUGAAACAGUGACAGCAUCAUUCAUUUUACCCCCUGUUGUUAAAAUAAAGACUCUGGGUACUGACAUCUCAAAGGCUGAUAUUUUAGAAGAGAAUUUACGAAGUAAGAUUAAAAAACAAACUUAUGAAGAAGCAAGAGAAUUUCAAGAUGUGGAACCCGCAGAUACAGAGGGCCAACUGUACUUAGAGAAAUAUCAUUCCUCCUGUACUCCUCAGUCCUCCUGUCACCCCCUUGAAGCUCCUGAUAAAGAAUCAGAUGAAAAUCUUCUACUUGAGAAUGAAGCAGUGCCAAAAACUAACACACAAAUGUUGAAACUAAGAACUUCUAGAACAAAUAGACGCAAUGCAUUUCUUAUAACUCAGCCAAAGGAUGUGCUGUCUAUUCAAGAUCAGUUGCCUGAGGACAUAGCUUUAAUUUUAAAAGGCCAGUCUCAAAUUAAUGAUGGAGCUACAGGAAGUGACAGUUUUGAUAGUUAUGAUGAAGCAUCAGAUGAAAAGCUUAUGCUUAACCAUCAGGAUUCAGUGUCAAAAACCCAAACACAAGUAAAGAAACAAAGAACUCUCAAAAGGGAAAGACUCUCUACUCAUGAUAAAGUACCGGAUAAAAAGCUUAUGCAUGAGAAUCAAGAUUCAGUGUCAAAAAUCCAACAGCAAGUAAAGAAAGAAAGAAAUCUCAGAAGGGAAGGACACACUACUCAGUUUGAAGUACCAGAUGGAAAUCUUCUCUGUGAGGAUCAAGACUCAAUAUCAAAAACACAAAUGCAAGUAAAUACACAAAGAACAUUCAAAGCUCAUCGUAAAGUACCAGAUGAAAAUCCUGUGCUUGAGCAUGGAGACUCAAUGUCAGAAACUCAACUGGAAGUAAAGAAACAAAGACCUUCUAAAGGAGAAAGUCUCAAUAGUCAUAUUGGAGUACUGGGUGAAAAUCUUAUGCUUGUAAAUCAAGAUUCAGUGUCAAAACCCCAAAUGCAAGUAGAGAAACAAAUACCUUACAGAAAGGGGAGGAGUCAUAGUUAUUAUGGAGUACCAGAUAAAAAUCCUGUGCUUGUGAAACAAGUUUCAGUUUCAAAACCCCAAAUGCAAGUAAAGAAACAAAUAACUUCCAGAGAGGAGAGAUUCAAUACAUUUCCUCUUCAAAACGAGAAAAACGAUACAAUAACACGUGAAAAUCUACCUCCUGAGAAGAAAGGUUUAUUUUCAAGAAACCAAUCUCAAACUAAGAACCUUAGAGGUAUCGGACAGGAGAAUCUUGAUAUUAAAAAUGAAGCAGCCUCAGAACAUCCAGAUACAGCAGAAAAUCUUCCAGCAGUGAGUCCAUCAGUUAAUGACCUAAUAUUUCAAUUAGGAUUAAACAAAGUAGUAGAAAUUGAUCUAGAACACUUGAAAGAUACUGUUAGAAGACGUGUAUUAAUGGCAGAAAUGAAGAUACAACCAAAGAGUGUCCCUGACACUGAUACAGAGAGUUUUCCAGAUGCUAUUGGAAGAGGUAUAAUAAAGGGUGAAAUCAAGACACAAUCCAAGAGUCAUCCUGAGACUGAUAUAAAACACAUGAGAGAUACUGUUGGAAGAGAAAAAGCAGUUGGUGAAAUCAAGACACAUCAUCAGAAUCACACUAAGACUGAUACAGAACGCUUCCCAAAUGUUGUUGGAAGAAGUAUUAUGAAGGGUGAAUUCAAGACACAACCCAAGAAUCGUCUUGGGACUAAUGUAGAAGGCUUGACAGAUAAAACUAGAAGAGGUGUAAUAAAGGGACAAUUCAAGAUACAAUCAAUGAAUCUCCCUGACACUGAUACAGAGCACUUCCCAGAUGCUGUUGGAAAAGGUAUAAUAAAGGGUGAAAUCAAGACACAAUCCAAGAGUUAUCCUGAGACUGAUGGAGAACACAUGAGAGAUACUGUUGGAAGAGAAAAAGCAAUUGAUGAACUCAAGAAACAUCAUAAGAGUCACCCUGGCAAGGUCAAUAGAAAGAGUCAACAUGAGGGGCAUCGAAAAAAUUUGACCUUAAACAAAAAGAAAGGUGAACUUGAUACUCUGCCUGCUGUGAUCACUACAGCUAGAAAACCUAUCUAUAAAGUGCCAUAUACUGCUACCCGAAAAUCUCUACCCCACCCAUACUUUUGAGAAUAAAUUAAUUCUGGGCAAAAUAAAUAACAUGAGCAAAUUCAUCGAGACAGCAAUGAAAUUGCAAGAGUGGAAGCCUUAUGAAAAUAACAAUGCCUUGAGUGGAUGCUGCUUAUUGAACAAUAAUGAGAAAGAUCCUGAAUAAACAGGGUAGACCCAGAUCAUGGAGGUAGUAAAAAAAAAGUACAACUUACAUGGCAAGAAGAAAUCAAUUGAGUGAGCAUAAAGUGUCAGUCAAGAGAAAAUAAAUGGAGGAAUUCUUCACUAAUUACUGAUUAUUCUCUGAAACUGUGAAAGGUCCCAGAGAACUUUUCUUUGCCAUGUGGAACAAAUUUGAAGCUAAGAUAAAAGCCUCUCUUGCUGAUGUUAAGAAAAGAGCUCUCUGUUGAAGUUCCAACUUGCUUCUAUUCACUCAUGUCCCUGUAAUGCCUUCUGGUGUGGUGUAAAAGCAAUUAAAUGAAAUUUGUGCUCUGCAAGUCUUGAUAAUGUCAUAAUUAUUUGUGUCAAUUAUUUGCAAAUCUAUUCUUUAUCAUACUAUAUAGAGAAAAGUCACUGCCAUACAUUUCUUACACUUCCAGAUAGAGGAACUGAAUUUAGAAAAGAUUUGGCUUUAGUUUUUUUCAUAUUAAAACUGUAAAUUCAUUGAAGAGAUCAGAACAAAGUUAUUAUUUAUG